CAAGGCUUGCGCUAUCGACGAAACCAGUCUGCGCCCAGAACCUUGAACCUCCAUGACACGGGUUUCGAGUCUCUAAAACGGGGUUCCUGGAAUCAAUUGAUCGGCUUGUCGAUCUAACUGAAUAAAGAAGCGCGUUAUCCGAAAACAGCAGCACAUGUCGGACUAUCCAGGUGCUUGUCCUCCUCAGAAACUCCGCCCGCCAAGUCUGGUUUUCCAAGGCGACAACGGCGACGAUUUUGACAUUACCAACUUCGAAACGUUUCCAGACGGUAGUGCUGAUCGAGACAACGACCCUUUCGCUAUCAAUCGCCAACUCAACCGUCACGCCGUCGCUCAGAAUUCGGCUGCUGCGAAUCUACUGAUACCCUCCACGACGACUACGUCUUCCUCCCUAGCACUCCCGACAAUGAACGCCGAAGACGAGACAGCGGACUCUCCUUUGUCCCCUGGGUUCAAGAACCCUUUCAACUUCCAGACGCAGGUCAUCUCUGCAGGUCCUGUCAAGUCGAACAUUGGACAACGUCGCGGACACAGAUACAAACAUAGUAGUAUCUCAUCUCAACAUCAAAUUUUCAAAGAGCCACCGCAGAGACCUCCACCGGUCCUUCCCGCUUCUCUCCCUAUCCCGACCGUUCGCGAGGCAUGGAAAAGCAUGACAAAAGACCAGCGUAUUCACUGCUACUGGAGCAUGUGCCAUCUUACCGUGGCUACAUACAUCUUUUUCCGCUCAGAGGGAUCUCUUGCGACUACGGCCCUCUCACAUCUUGUCUUCUUCGAUGCCGGCAGUGCUGCUGUUUGUGUCAUGGUUGAUGUCCUUGGCAAUUUUGAGGUUUGGCGGCGCAGCAGUAUCCGGCACCCCUUUGGUCUCGAGAGAGCCGAGGUCCUUGCUGGAUUCGCCAUGUCCGUUUUCCUUCUCUUUGGAGGCUUUGACUUGGUGUCACACACACUCAAGCAUUUUCUUGAGUCUCUUGGCAACCACGAAGCGCAUCAUGAACACGGCCAUGACAGUCCGGAUGGCUCCAUUGACCUUGUGUCUGCUGCUGCUAUGGUGAGCACCCUAGUAUCGGCAUAUGGUCUCCGGAACCACGCUCGUAUCGCCAAACUUCUGCGUGUCUCGUACCUUGCUGCUUUGCCAAGUGUACUGUCGAACCCCUUCCACUUCCUGACACUCUCAUUCUCUGCCGUCAUCGCUCUUCUACCACUUCUCUCCAUCUCGCUCUACACAUGGCUCGACCGCCUUAUUUGUGCUGUUAUCGCAUUUGCCAUGUUUGCUCUUGGAAUGCGAUUGGCCGUCGCACAGGGCCUCAUGCUACUCAUGUCCUAUGGUGGCAGUGAUGGCAACAACGGUGUUAGUGCUGUCCUUCGAGAGAUCGAGACCGAACCAAGUGUCGUUACAAUUGAUGAUGCGCAAUUCUGGCAGGUUCACUAUGGUCUUUGCAUGGCCAACAUCAAGUUAAGCGUGGUCAAGGGUUAUGAUGAGAUGUCUAUAAGCAAGUUACGGCAGCGUAUCUCGGGCCUAAUUCAGAACAGACUGGGCGAAGGUUAUGGCCAUGGCGGAAGUAUUAGGUGGGAGGUGACGCUGCAGAUGAGUACAGAUGGUAGUACAUAAGAGGCACAUCGUCGUUUUGAAGCAAGGAUAGCGAAAGCGUAUGUUUACCUUUGAGUUGUUUAUACAUGCAUAUAAAUAUUAUGUCAUACCGAAUACAACAGUUCUGCCU